GUUGGUGACGCUGCCUCUCUUUGUUGGCUUAGCAGCGGCGACGUUUUGUUGUUAUUUUCGCUGCAGCUGAAAAACAGGUUCGGAUAAUUUUGGUUUUCGUAUUGUUCCGCAAUCUACAUCUGGCGUUUUCGACCUCAAGGUGUGCUCGUCGUAAGUCGGUAAACACCCUAGGAAUGGACUCAGACGAGGGCUAUAACUAUGAAUACGACGACGAAGACGAAUGUAGCGAGGACAGCGGCGAAGUGGAGCCCGAGGACGACACCCUGGAUAUCGGUGAGGUGGAAUUGGUCGAUCCUGUGGUGGCCGGCGGGGAGCGAGACGAGGGUGGCGAGACUGGUGUAGGUGGUCACGGUCCUGGUGAAGAAGAGGAGGAGGACUAUCGUUUCGAGGUUUUGACUGCCGAGCAGAUCCUCCAGCAUAUGGUGGAGUGUAUCAGGGAGGUCAACGAGGUCAUACAGAACCCUGCAACAAUAACACGCAUUCUCCUCAGCCACUUUAACUGGGAUAAAGAAAAGCUUAUGGAAAGAUACUUUGAUGGAAAUCUCGACAAGCUUUUCUCUGAGUGUCAUGUCAUCAACCCCAGUAAGAAGCCUCGGAUCCGUCCUCCAAUCAACACUAGAUCAUCGGCACAAGACAUGCCUUGUCAGAUCUGCUACUUAAACUUCCCCAACUCGUACUUUACCGGUCUGGAGUGUGGACACAAGUUCUGCAUGCAGUGCUGGGGAGAUUAUUUGACUACCAAAAUCAUAGAGGAAGGAAUGGGACAGACGAUUUCGUGCCCUGCUCAUAGUUGUGACAUUUUGGUUGAUGACAACACAGUCAUGCGCCUCAUAACAGAUUCAAAAGUAAAGUUGAAGUACCAGCAUUUAAUCACGAAUAGUUUUGUAGAGUGCAAUCGACUGUUAAAGUGGUGCCCUGCACCGGACUGCCAUCACGUUGUCAAAGUCCAGUAUCCAGAUGCCAAGCCGGUGAGAUGCAAGUGUGGCCGUCAGUUCUGUUUCAACUGUGGAGAGAACUGGCAUGAUCCUGUGAAGUGUAAGUGGCUGAGAAAAUGGAUUAAGAAAUGUGAUGACGACAGUGAGACUUCCAACUGGAUUGCAGCAAAUACCAAGGAGUGUCCAAAAUGUCACGUGACCAUUGAGAAGGACGGCGGCUGCAACCACAUGGUCUGUCGCAACCAGAACUGCAAAGCGGAGUUCUGUUGGGUCUGCCUGGGUCCAUGGGAACCUCAUGGCUCUGCCUGGUACAACUGCAACCGCUAUAAUGAAGACGAUGCCAAGGCAGCCAGAGAUGCUCAAGAGCGCUCCAGGGCAGCCUUGCAGAGGUACCUGUUCUACUGCAACCGCUACAUGAACCACAUGCAGAGUCUGCGCUUUGAGCACAAGCUCUAUGCUCAGGUUAAGCAGAAGAUGGAGGAGAUGCAGCAGCACAACAUGUCUUGGAUUGAAGUGCAGUUCCUAAAGAAGGCUGUAGAUGUGCUCUGCCAGUGCCGCUCCACACUCAUGUUCACUUACGUCUUUGCCUUCUACCUCAAGAAGAACAACCAGUCCAUUAUUUUUGAGAACAACCAGGCAGAUCUGGAAAAUGCCACGGAGGUGCUCUCUGGAUACUUGGAGCGGGAUAUUUCCCAGGAUUCCUUGCAGGACAUCAAACAGAAAGUACAAGAUAAGUACAGAUACUGUGAGAGCAGGCGAAGAGUGCUGCUACAGCACGUACAUGAAGGCUAUGAGAAGGACCUGUGGGAGUACAUUGAAGAUUGAGGACACGUCCCAAUGCAACGGACUAUUGAGUAUCUUGACAAACUAGAGCGCUGAUGCAAUUAAACAGGGCAGCACGGGCCUUCUGCCGCCUCUCCUCUGGCAACCAACCACUUUUGCAUCAUUUUUUUUCUUUUUCCUGGAUUUCUUUAACAAAAAAAUCUUAAAAUAAAUUAUAUUUAAAGAAAGUGUAGAGUAAUACAGAGAAAGUGUACUACAGUAUUGUUAGCGACAGAGUGGAGUCUACAGGAAGCAGAAAAAUCCAUCAUAAACAAAUACAUCCUUUGGGUCUGUAUUGUAACCCUCUUCUAAACUAUCUUUUCUUUGGGUUUUUUUUUUUUUUGUGAAACUAUUCUGUUUUGAUUUUUGACUUUUGUUUUUAUUUUAUUUUUUCCAUAAGUGUGAAAAAAUGUUUUACACAGCUUUAAUUGUUCUGGCCAUGUCUGCAAUAUUUGGUGAAAUCCUCAUUUGGAUGGCUGAAUAUUGAUGGGCUGAUUGCAAAGGGGGCAAAGACAUUUCAGGGGGGGAGAAAAAAAAAACACAAAAAGAACAAAAAACAGCAAGUCUGUAUUUUUUCAAAUUGUAAAUAGUCCAUAUGCAUGGAAGUUAAAGAGCAAGAGUGGCACGUGUUUGCAUACUUUUGAAAUAUUUAUUCUUUACCGAUCUUGAAAAAGAUGUACUUUUCCCAUUUAAGUUGAGUCCGUUUACACCUCUCAUUAACAGUGGGAGUUUGGAAGCAUUGG